CCAGCUUCACGGCGAAUUUCUCAAGCGAUUCUUUCCGCCUUCCAAAACAGCAAAAAUCAGGCGGAUGAUACAAAAUUUCAAGCAAAAUCCAAACGAGCCCCUUUACGAGGCUUAUGAGAGAUUCAAAGAUCUUCAAAGGCAAUGCCCACAUCACAAUAUCCAGUCCUGGCACCUAAUGACGGCUUUCUAUGAAGGCCUAAAUGAAAACUCACGGAUAUUGUUGGAUGCUUCGGCGGGUGGAUCAUUCAUGAGCCUUGAACUUGACGAAGCUGAAGAACUCAUUGAGCGGAUCUCAACAAACGGAUCCACCUGGUACUCUGAUCGUCCAUCUGCUCAACCGAAAAUUGGAGGCAUGUACGAAGUUGAUCAAAUGUCGGCCAUGGCUGCUAAGGUCGAUAACAUGAUGAGCAUGAUCCAAAAGAUUGCUCAAGUCUCUACUGUGCAAAACACUUUGCCAGCACCGCCUCCUGUUCCUGUUCUCAUGAUGCUUGAAAAUCAAAUCUCUAGUCAAGCAUCAACAUCAUCAACAAAGGUGACCGGAAAAUUGCCAGCUUGUCCCGAGAAUCCAAGAGAGCAAAUGAAUGCUAUCACUACUCGGAGUGGGAAACAACUUCAAUCUCCAUCUCUUCCGAGUAGUGAUCCCGAAGAAGAAAGAGGAGAGGAUGUCAAAGAAGAAGCUCAGAGCAAAGUCAAAGGAGAUGCUGCUGAAAUGCUUCCAGAAUCAAUCCAGAUCAAAGAAGGGAAGAAAAAAGAAGAAGAAGGUUUGGGAAUUCAGAGAAGACAAAAUGAAGUUCCGAACAGGAGGACUCUUUCUGACUAUGUCACUCCUCCUGUGGCGGAACACAACAGCAUUAUUCUGCCGGAUGUCACUGCAAACAACUUUGAAAUCAAACCUGCUGUCAUCCACAUGGUCUCAUCUGAUCAGAUUUCUAACCCGAACUCUGUUCAGAUCCGCUUCGGCUAUCACAUCUCCACCGAGAUCGCGAGGACAAACGUGUUGGCAGCCCACUCGUUCAGCUCUAAUUCAUCUCUUGGACGUCACGAUCUGUUUGGCGUUGAAGAUCUCCUCCUUCAUGUAGAUCGUAACCUUCUUCACGCAGGGGAAGCUCCGGGACGCGACGGGAAUGCUCUACAUCAGCGUAUGGCAAACAACAACAACCCUUUCAACCUGCGAUAUGUUCUAGAAAAGGAAAAAUUAUCCGGAACUAACUUUCUUGAUUGGGAGAUGAAUCAUAAGAUUGUUCUUGAAUGCGAGAAAAAGCUUUACGUCAUAACAUCUGAGCCUCCCAAAGCUCCUGAAGCGAACGCCCGUGCUGCAGAAAUUACUUCGUACCGGAAGUAUGAAGAUGAGGCACGUGAUGUGAGAUGUCUCAUGCUAGCCACCAUGACCCCGGAGCUCCAAAGGCUCCACAAGGACAUGGAAGCUCAUCCUAUGAUGACUCGCUUGAAAGGUCUAUACCAAGGCCAGGCUAGACAUGAGCGUUUCAAAAUCUCUACGACUCUUUAUUCCAGUAAGCUGGCAACGGGUAACCCAGUUGGUCCCCACGUUCUCAAGAUAAUCGGUCAGAUCGAAACUCUUGAAAAACUGGACGCCCCACUGCACCCUAUGCUGGCAACUGAUCUCGUCUUGGGAUCAUUACCAGCUGAGUAUAGUCAAACUGUAGUGAACUUCUACAUGAACAAACUAGAGAUGACUAUGCCUGAGCUACUGAAAUUCCUCACAACUGCUGAGGAGAGUCUAGGGAAGGGCAAGGGUAAGUCUGUCUUGAUGGUAGAGGGCAGUACUGUUACGAAGAAGAGUGGGCCACGUCCGCCGGCCGGGACCAAGCGCAAGGGUUCUAAGAAACCCAAGCCAGCGUCCAACUCCUCUUCGUUGAAACCCAAAGAAGGAGCUAAGAAGAAGUCUGCUGCUCCAUUCACAGGUCACGGUGAAAGGGCGAGUGACUUAUUGGGCCUCAUACACUCCGAUGUCUGUGGUCCAAUUAGCACUGUAGCUAGAGGUGGUUAUUCUUACUUCGUUACAUUUACUGGCGACCUUAGUAGAUAUGGAUAUGUGUAUCUCAUGAAACACAAAUCGGAAUGCUUUGACAAAUUAAAAGAAUUCAAGAACGAAGUAGAAAAACAAUUAGGCAAAAGCAUUAAGACCCUCCGCUCGGAUCGAGGAGCGCACACACUCAACAGAGUUCCAUCUAAAGCUGUCGAGAGCACACCAUAUGAACUAUGGCGUGGGAGAAAACUGAGUUUCUCGUACUUUAAGAUUUGGGGCUGUGAAUCUUAUGUAAAACAUCUCAUGACGUCUAGUAAGUUGGAGCCUAAAUCUGAUAAAGUAAUUUUUGUGGGAUACCCCAAGGAAACUAGAGGGUAUGAGUUCUCUCAUCCAUCCGAUAACAAAAUUUUCGUUGCUCGGAAUGGAACCUUCCUUGAGAAGGAGUUUCUUUCUACAAUCACUAGUGGGAGAAAGGUAGACCUCGAAGAAAUUCGAGAACCACAAGAAGAAGUCCCGAUAGUGUUGGAAUCUGAGCAAAUAGAUCAAGCACUUGAACCUCAAAUUGCUCAAGAUAUACCACGUAGGUCAGACCGGAUACGUAAUCCUCCGGUCAGAUAUGGAUUUCUCAUGUCUGAUGAAGGUGACGUCUUGUUGGUAGAUCAAGGCGAACCAGAGACCUACCUCGAGGCAAUUACAUGCCCCGAAUCCGAUCUAUGGCUCGAAGCCAUGAAAUCUGAAAUGGAGUCUAUGUACACAAACCAAGUCUGUGAAAGGUAACCANAUAGAUCAAGCACUUGAACCUCAAAUUGCUCAAGAUAUACCACGUAGGUCAGACCGGAUACGUAAUCCUCCGGUCAGAUAUGGAUUUCUCAUGUCUGAUGAAGGUGACGUCUUGUUGGUAGAUCAAGGCGAACCAGAGACCUACCUCGAGGCAAUUACAUGCCCCGAAUCCGAUCUAUGGCUCGAAGCCAUGAAAUCUGAAAUGGAGUCUAUGUACACAAACCAAGUCUGUGAAAGGUAACCAUGCAAGGAUAGGCAGCGGAAUAUAAAAAUUUUAACAUCCU